CGAGCCGCGCCGCCCGCCGCCCGCCGUAGUCGCGACACAGCACAGAGGCGUGCCAGCCGCGGCGACUCGUUUGAUCCGGUGCAGCGAGGCGUGCAGCACCCGCGCCGCCGCCACCGCCACCCAUGGCGGACGUCACCUGACGCGGCAUGCGCGCGUUGCUGCCGCUGCUGGCCGUCGCCGCUGCGCUGCGGCCCCCUGCACUGCUCGUGCUGCGCACUGCGUGCUCCGUGCCAUCGACUUCCAACUCCGACGCCUUCGACGCGGCGCGCUUCCGCCAAUUCGCGAGCGUACAGCGAACCACGCUUAUGCCAGUGAAACUCCUCAGCUACCAUGACACAUGCGGCGUUUCCUGGAGGGAAUCAGUGGCGCGAACAGCGCUGUCGACCCUUGGCGCCGGUGGACUGGUGGAAUGCGUGGGAUGGCCAGGCACGAGCGUGUGCGGUGCGAUGUCAGCAGCGGCGCGCGUGCUGCGCAGACCGGUGCCAGCGGAGUGCGCGCGGGUGGGCUCGCGGGCUCAUGCGGUGGCUGAGCUAGCACGCCGGCUACGAUGGUCGCGUGUGUUACUUCCUCCUGCGACUGCCGACUCCACCGCUCUUAUCGCCCCAGAAUGCAACGCCGCGCUACUGGAGGUGGCGCGGGCGCUGUCGGCCACCGGCGCCACCAUUCGCUACAUGACGACCGAAGCCUCCGAUCUUCAAAGACGUUCACACGUGGUAAUACUCUGCACUUCCACUGGUAGUAACAGAAGCCAAGACACGGAGCAAUCAUUCAGCGGCGCGGAUGCACUGCUGUUGCUCCUCGUCCAGGGGCGUCCUACAAACCACCAAGGAUCAGGUGGUGCUAAUAAUAUGUCGGCCACCGAUGUCACUGGCGACAAAGAUACUAAAUCGAUUCCAAACGUCACAACACAUUCCUCUUCAGGUGAACGAUUAGAUUCUACUAUGCCUAUAAAUGGUGAAAAACAUAUUUUCAAACAUAGGACUACCUCACCAUUCCAUGAGCUCGAUAGUUUAAAAAUAUCUUCGAACGGAACUAUAAUAACCGGUGCAUCAGUCGCGUCGAUGGAUGAUGAUCACAACAAAAAAGUUUAUCAAAUUCUUACGACAGCACGAAACCAAACUACAAAACCAAAGUCGCUGGAUAACAAUAGUCAUUUGCAUGUUGUAACCGGCCAACAGCAAGUUCAAGAAGUUCCCUUGAAAGAGUCUGCUUCAGAUGUGAUAGAUGAGCUGGACGCAAGCCUAGACCGGCUUGGUAAAGCACUGCCGAACCGCGUGUUGGUACUACGCGACGCCGGGCUUGGUAACGAGCACGCGCGCUCCGUCGAUGCUUUGCACGCCGCCGCGCUACGGCUACUCGAGCGGGCUGCAAUUGCCGAUCGCGCGCACCUACAAUCCUUACGAACGAUGUACCCAUUAUAUGGAAGGAACGACCUACAGAGUGCUUGGCGCCUCAUAGCCACUCUCGACGCCACUUCGGUGCGACAACUUGAUGAGGACGUUGAUUGGGUUACUUCAGUAGAAUUCCACGAUAAAGGCGACGCCCUUCAGCGUUGGAACGCCACUCAUGAUGGACGUGACGGUGAAAGUGUAUUUGCGGGCUUAAUCGCCACGCUAUUGGCGGCGGCGGGCGCGGCGGCGUUGGCGUCGGGCGUGGCGCUGGGCGCGCGGCUACUGAUGGCACGGCGGCGGCGGCGCAGGCGACGCGGAGAUGCUGUGCUCGCGCCUGCAGACUUCACGUUUCCGGCAGACGAGCGGCGGCGUGUCGGAGAAGGAAUGGAAACGAUGCUGUCGUGUUGGCUAAAGCAGCUGCAUGAAUUUGGCGGACCGGAGCUGGAGCGUCCUGACCUGCUGAAGCAGCCGGCCGCAUCACCGCGCGUGCCCUCAGUGCCCUCUUCCACAUGUAGCGUAAACCGUACAAUAGCUGACCGACGGACACGCUACAGAGGCGACGCAGUACACCUCAAGUGUCUGCCGGCCGCCAGUGCGUUUGAACUUAAAAGGAAGGCUAUCGACGUGUUGCUCGUCAUGCAGAGUUUACGCCAUGAGAAUAUCAAUCCUUUUAUUGGGUGCCUGUGUGAUAACCGGCCAGCUCUGGUGUUCGACUACUGCGGGCGCGGCUCGUUGGAGGACGUGCUGACGGCAGACGACAUCAAGCUGGACUGGACGUUCCGCCUGUCGCUGCUCACAGACCUGGUAAAAGGCAUGCGCUACUUGCACGCGUCGCCGCUGCGCGUGCAUGGCCGCCUCUCAUCGCGCAGCUGCGUUGUCGACUCACGCUGGGUGCUGCGGGUCUCUGACUACGGCCUACCAGCUUUCUACCGCGCACAAGCCCUGCCGCAGCCGGAACGCUCCGCAAGAGAGCUCCUGUGGACAGCUCCAGAACUACUUCGGGAAAGACGCGGCGGCGGAGGGUGGGGUGCCACACAGCCUGGCGACGUGUUCUCUUUCGCUAUCAUCAUGCAGGAGGUAAUCGUACGUGGCGAGCCCUACUGCAUGCUGGCACUCACUCCCGACGAGAUAGUAGAGAAGGUCUCGCGGCCGCCGCCGCUGAUUCGGCCCUCGGUGUCAAUGGGCGCGGCGCCGCCCGAGGCUGUGAGCGUGAUGCGCCAGUGCUGGAGCGAGGCACCCGACCUGCGGCCCGACUUCAACCGGCUGCAUGAUGUUUUCCGGCACAUGCACAGGGGCAGGAAAAUUAAUAUAGUAGAUUCUAUGUUCGAAAUGCUCGAGAAAUAUAGCAAUAAUUUAGAAGAAUUAAUUAAGGAGCGUACGGAACAAUUGGAUAUGGAGAAGAAAAAAACCGAACAGCUGCUCAAUAGAAUGCUUCCGAGAUCCGUAGCAGAACGACUCAUGCUGGGCUCGCGCGUAGAACCAGAAGAGUUCGAGGAAGUAUCCAUCUACUUCAGUGAUAUCGUGGGGUUUACGGCGCUGGCAGCCCGAAGCACGCCCGUACAGGUGGUGGACCUUCUCAACGACCUGUACACGACGUUCGACGCGGCCAUCGAGCAGUACCGCGUGUACAAAGUGGAGACUAUCGGCGACGCGUACAUGGUGGUUGGCGGAUUACCGAAGCGUGCGCGCGACCACGCUGAAAGCGUGGCCACUAUGGCCCUGCACUUACUGCAUCUGGCAGGGCGCUUUCGCGUGCGACAUCUACCCGACACGCCACUGCACCUGCGCAUCGGCCUGCACUCGGGCCCAUGUUGCGCCGGCGUCGUUGGUCUCACGAUGCCACGCUACUGCCUCUUCGGUGAUACUGUGAACACUGCAUCGCGCAUGGAGUCCACCGGUGCAGCAUGGCGGAUCCAAAUGUCGGCGGCUACAGCUGAGAAGCUCCUGGCGGCGGGUGGAUAUCGACUACGAUCACGAGGCCUCACGCAAAUCAAGGGCAAAGGCGCAAUGCACACAUACUGGUUACUAGGAAAGGAAGGUUUCGACCGUCCCUUACCCACUCCGCCUCCUCUUGAAUCCGAAGAAGAAAUUCUAGUGGAAGCGGAAUGUGAAGUUGACGAUCAAGAGCCAGUCUCGAGGACAAUUUCACCGUCGACUCACUCUACUACUCCAGACACCGCUGUUGUAAUGGACGGAUGUUCACCCGAGAGCGCGACGCUGCCCAAAAUGUGUGAGUUAAUGGGUAGUAUGAGUCCCAUGAGUCCCACGUCUACGACAGCUUUGGAGGCUCUGCCACGUGGUCCUCUACACGGCGCCAGCGUCGAUCACAGCGCAGCUUACGCGCGAUACAGAUGGCUGCCGGGAGGUGCGCGGUCUCUGCGGCGGCAGUGGUCACUGGAGCGAGGAGAGGCACUGGCGGCAGCGGCUGCGAGCGCAGAGCCCUUAGCUCUGGUGGCGGGCGUCACUCCUCGGUCAGCCCCGCGGUACCGCACGCGACGGGAUCAGCGCGAGGACGAAACCCAUCUCACGUAGAUUAGGGUUGCCAUCUGUCCCGGUAUAGAGGGCAUGUCACUUUUUUAGUACUUCUGUCAUAAAAGAGCUCCCGAAUAUUUUCCACGAGUCACUUUAGUCAACAAAACCUUAAAUGGUUUAGUUUCAGGAAGUUAUGGCAACCCUAACUUAGACACACGUUCUCUUUCGAGCCUGGAUCCUCGUAUCCCACUUACCCCACCCUUUCGGUGCCGCUCGAUCGACAAUAAUUUUCGUAGUCGACGUCCGUGCCGCUCGUCCCGCGGCGCGGCGGAUUCCUUAUGUAGUGCGAGCGUCGCCAUUUUUUAAAUGUGAUCCGUCUCUGAUGAUCUCUGUAUUUUUGAAAUUUUUCGAUGAUAAAUAAAAAUUAUUUUCUCGUUUAAA